CGGAAUAGCAACACAGAGAUCGGAGAGACGGACGUUAUAUUUCAACAACAGGUCAAUAGCGGAGUCAAGAGUGGAAGCUAUACCAGCAUUAUCGAAUGUUGUCCUAAUCAGGAAAGAACCCAGACUCUGCAGUCAUCAAUGGGGCAACUGCUCCGAAUCGGUACCUUGGCAGGCACUACAUGGACGAAAGAAAUACCGAAGACCCCGUGUCAUCUUGUUGUCCCAAACGUUAAAUCUAGAGGAGCAAAUAUUCCUGAAACCAUGUCUCCAGUGCCAGCGGGUGGCAAGCAGGAUGAAGUUCGAGGGUGUCGCAAUAGUUCAACCAAUCCCCUAAUGAUAGUUGAUAUGAUCGCAAGUGAAUCAGAUCGUUGCCGUGUUGCAACUUAUAUUAACCGUAAUCUUGAAAGUGGAGAUCCUCCUAUAUGUUAUAUGCGAGAUGUUAAACAGUUUGGUUUUGAUCAUAUCAUCAUUAUCGGGAAACGUUACUGUGGACUUCUUUUUCUAGACUGUUUUGGUCGCGUGUUUGAUUGGGACUCUAUGAGCGAUGUAUUAUGGCCACUUGGGGAUUAUUGGAAUUUGACAACAAAAGAAUCCCGGACUAGCAGUAUAGUAUGGGGUUUGGAAUUCGAUGGGACUAUUAUUCACCAAACGAAUACUAUACCUAUCCUGUUGCAGAAAAAGACAAGAGAAAGAGUUCGAAAAAGAAGAAGAGCUCGAAAAAGAAGCAUCACUGAUUUGGUCUUUAUAUUGUGUGUCGAUUAAGGAUGAUGUGCACUUUUUUCAAUUUAUGUUUGCUAUUAAUGGGUUAUUUGUGCAUUUCAAAAAUAAUGUGUAUGCUACGUGUGAUUCACUGUUACAAAUAAACGUGUAAAAAAUAUAAUUACAUAUGCCCUAGUCUCAAAAGAUAGGAU